UACCGGGAAAUCGUCGAUCGCGCCGUCGCUGUUGCACUGAACUAUCGCAGACCGCAGUCCGUCAGGUGUCGUCAGAUCGUUCGCUUGUUCCGUGCCGGUCGAUCGUUUUCUCUUUCUCGUUUCAUACGAAGGCUCGACGCACCCGUUUACGUAAAAACCCGAGUGACUAAACGUUCUCGCAAAUCGAAUUGUUGUUACAACAGUAAUAUUAUUGUACUGGUGGCGGUGUUCUUGAAGAAUAAAAACCAACAGAGAACACAGGUUUCCAGUGCGACGCACCAACAACAACAACAAUUUACGUAUUGUCUCACACGAACAGGUCGAACGAAAUGGGCCUGAGAAUAGCUUAAGUACGUCACUGCAGCGUUUAUCAUGAACUCAAAUUCGAGGGAAUUAAUAUUGGCCGUGGUGGCUUGUCUGGUGUGCAGUACCACGAGCCAUGUAGCCCUCACGUUUCCUCCAGCCCGAACAUAUGACCUCGACUUCCUGGACACAAGCAGAACGCCCGGCCCCUGUGGUAUGCCCAAAGGCUCAGUCAAGACUUCGUUGAUGUCUGGUUCGUCGUUCAACAUCACGUGGCAUCUGGCGUAUCCUCACCGGGGAGGGAUUAAACUUCAAGUACUGGACAAUUACCAAAGGCCUGUAUUGGAUUUAACACCAGUCACAAAAGAUUCUGAUUUCUUGAGGACCGAUGCCACAGCUCAAUCGUACGCCGUUCAGUUGCCGGGGGAUUUCGUUUGUGAAGAUUGUACCAUUAGAUUACUCAGAGAAGCAUUAGAAUUCAGCAAUAGCUACAGAUUUUGGUCGUGCGCAGAUGUCGAUAUCAAAAACAAAAAAAAUUACCGAGAAGACUGCAGUGGCAAAGGCCGUUACUUAUUAUCGAAGUGCCGGUGCGACAAACUGUAUUACGGACCCAGAUGUCAAUACAAAGAUGAAUGCAUUGAAGACAACGAUUGUGGCGAUCAAGGCAGGUGUAUAGAUGUCCACGCGACGACCGCUCCUAGGAAACAGUGUUAUUGCGAACCCGGAUGGUUUGGACCUGCGUGCACUAAACGUUCGUCGUUGAAAUCAACUGAAAUCGAUUUGAGCAAUCACAGGUUUAGAGAGCUUUCAAAAGAUUUUCAUUUAUAUUGGAAAAUAUUCAAAGAAGAAGGCGAGAUAGAAGUUGUGUUAAGAGCGAACAGUACCAGUUACUUAGGGUUAGGUUGGCGACCAAAAGAUUUGACUGCAGAGUGUAAGAAUUUCCCAGCAUUAGCAGACUUGCCUGGUGCAAAAGCUGUAGCAGCAAUACCCAAACCUGAACCCGAACCAGAACCAUUAGGUGAGCCAGAACCAAAAAGCGAACCAGAACCAAAGAGUGAACCCGAACCUAAAAGUGAGCCCGAACCAAAAAGUGAACCAGAGCCAAAGAGCGAGCCGGAACCCAAAAGUGAACCAGAGCCAAAGAGCGAACCUGAACCGAAGAGCGAGCCGGAACCAAAGAGUGAACCGGAACCGAAGAGCGAGCCGGAACCAAAGAGCGAGCCGGAACCGAAGAGCGAACCAGAACCAAAGAGCGAACCAGAACCUAAAAGUGAGCCUGAACCAAAAAGUGAACCAGAGCCAAAGAGCGAGCCGGAACCCAAAACUGAACCAGAACCAAAGAGUGAACCAGAACCAAAACAAACACCAGGGCAGAAAUCAAGUAGCAAACCUGAACCAGAACCGGAGCCCGAAACGACUGCAGAACCUUCAUCAGAACCUACUACUUUGUCAACGACAACAAUUGCAAGUUCUACUCGGCCGAAACCAUCAUUUUUCCGAACCAGAGGUCGACUGCAAAAACCAAAGCCUUCCGAUGAACCGGAAGCUGCAGCAUCAACUUCUAGUGCACCGUUUAGAUCUAAUGGAAGGCCAGUGUUUGCCCAAUUACGAAAUACUAGAUCAGCAUCAACCCCAAAUGAACCUCAACCAGAAUCAGAGCCAGAACCAAGGUUGAAAGGUCAGGAAGGCCAUAACCACCACGAUCACUCUUCACAUGAACACGACCACUCAUCACAUGAACACGACCAUAACCACGAUCAUCAACAUGAUCAUCAUACUCACGACCAUAAUCAUGAACAUCAACACGAAACUCCCGCCAAAAAAGAAAUGAAACUCAAUACGUACACACCCAAAGCUGAUUUUAACGGAAUGGAUUGCACAGAUUUAGUGAUAGGGAGUGCUCGAGGAUCAGCUAGCAGAGUGUGGGACUAUUACACUAGAGACAGGUCAACACCACGUGUAGACGGAUUUUGGGGUGGAAAGAAUGAUUUAAUCGCUGCAGUUGGAUUCGAAAAAGAUGGAGUUACGACUAUUGCUUUUAGAAAGAAACUCAAGGCCACCGAACCUACUGAUCACUCUAUUGUAGAUGAUGUUAUGCACGUGAUUUGGGCUAAGGGUCAAGAACAGAAAAACUAUCAGCAUUCUCCAAAAUCUGGCCUGGAAAAAGAUGUUGCUUUUGUAAAAGAUUUUUACAAACAAGAUGAACUUAAAUAUCACGGUCACGGAUCCCAGCGUGGAGUGAUUUCUAUUAACUUUUUCGAUGAGCCCGGACGACAGCAACCAUCGGUCGACGAUCAAGAAUCGACGAAAACCGCCGAAAACCCAUUGACCAGUCGUAAUAACAAUCCGUCCGUCCAGCAGGUUUCCUCGCCGGCGCCCAGCAACUGUUACGGUCAGUGGUCAACCCCAAAAGGCUGUAACGUAACCGCUGGUCAGUGCGAGUACCACGUAGUGUGGACUUAUUCGUCGAAAACUGAUUACAUGCGAUUCACGAUCACCACCACGCAUACCAGUACUUGGACCGGUAUUGGGUUUUCGGACGACCACAAAAUGAGUCAAACGGACGCCAUAAUUGGAUGGGUGGAUAAAGCUGGAAGGCCGUUCCUUAUGGACACGUGGAUAAACGGGUACACUGCUCCGCUGUUGGAUGCUUCACAAGACUUGAGCAAUAUAACCGGUAACACCGCCGAAGGAUUGACAACGUUGAGCUUUAUGAGGAAACGAUCGACCGGCGAUACCAAGGAUAUGAUGUUUGCGGAUGAUAAGUGUCUAUAUUUAACGUUCAUCGUCAAAGGAGGCGGUUACAACCCGGUGAACAAAAAAAUCAAAAAACACGAAGUCUUGCCAAUGUUUUCAAACGACAGAGUGUGCAUAAGAUCCUGCGGUGCCGAAGAAGAUUGGGAAUCGGCCACCACCACGACUGCGCCGAAAGCGGCGUUCAACGUGGCCAUCAAGUUGGUGAAAUUGGGUGAAAAUUUCAUUGUGCCCCCGGCUGGAAGUCCCGACUUUGACGCCCUAGCCAACACGGUCACCAGUGGUUUCAAGAAGACCUUGACAAAAUUGCCCGAAUUCUACAAGAUCAGCGUCGACGAGUUUUCUCAAGAGAACGACAACGUGGUUGCCAAAAUGAGUGUCGAGUUAGACGAGAGUGGCGGUGGAUCGCGCGGCCGUGCAUUGGGAACGGACGAGGGUGCCGAACAGUUGGAGCGUGUUUUAAGGAGUACCGUAAACAGCGGCCACGUAGGCGCUCUAUCGUUAGACCCUAAGUACUUUGUUUUCGAAGCAGCGCCACUGUCCAGUACGAUUCCGUUAGAGGAACACGUCAAUGACAGUAUAUUAUUGUCCACGACAAAGUUGUGGAUCGUUAUAGGAUGCAUUUCCGCUUUGGUGUUUAUUGCCAUUGUUCAAGCUGGAUGCACCAUCUACAAGACAGCUCGAAGACCCCGACCAAACCACAAGGAUCACGGCGGCGUAAAUUCGGCCUGGAAGGAUUAUUCGUCUGGUGGCGGUGGCGGACCGAACACCAACUACGCGUUCGACCAGUACGACGGCGACGAGAAACAGUCACCGAGCUCGUUGAGCCACACGUCCACCAUACCGCUGACCACAAAGUUGGUGUCGCACAACGGUGGCGGCGGCGGCGGUAACCAUUACGCGGAAUCGCGGUCGUUACACAGGCCUUCCGCUACCGCGGCGCAGACGGCCAACGGCGGCGGCCGUCACAUGCACAGCCGCCCUCCGCCACCGCCCGGCCACCAGCAGCAGAUGCACCACCAGGACAGGGCGGCGGGCACUUACUCGCUGCCCAGGCCCGCGCAACAGCCACCACACCACAAUGGUGGUUACUACACGCAAAGGCCGCCCAACCGGACGUCCGCGGCGCACCACGGGCCGCCGCAUCAGCAGCAGUCAGCCGGCGGGCCCGGAGAUCAGCUCCAACCGGACUUUUACUUUAUGCCGUCUCAGAGGAAGUACUCGGGCGAGGUGGUCAGGGUGUACGUGGACUACAACACGAACCCCAGGAAAUGAUCGCUUGUGCCUGUGUCUUAUCAUAUAAUACUUAGUAAUAAUAAUCAUUUUUGUAAAUAAAUAUUCGACAAAUUUUUUUAUAUAUAUUAUAUACAUUAUACUUGCGACACACACAUACUCAUAUAUUUAAAUAUAUAUAUUAUUAUAUAUACGUUUAGUAUCCGAGAUAUGUUUUAAAUAAUAUUAUGCGCUAGCCACUUUAAUAAUAGUAUUUUAAUAUUGUUUAUCGCGUAGGUACGAUUCAUCGUCAUUAUGAGGAUAAUAUUACCACGGCAUGAAAUUUAUCUCGAUCCUAUUUGGUUCGUUUUCGAAAUCGGUCUCGGACAACAUAACAUAUUAUAAAAUAUUAUAUUUUAAUAUCGUUUUAUUUUUUACAAAUUGUGUGCCAUUUCAGUCGACCGGUAUAAUAUUACUACACGUAUGACUAACCUAACGUAUCGCUACUACAAUUUACUGUCGACGCGAUGUUAAAGAUUUUCCUUUACGAGACAACUAAACUGCGCACAGAUCAAAAUCCAUAUUAUAUACUUACAGCCCAUAAUAUUGUUAAUGCCUUCUAUAUUUUUUUUUUUCGUGAAAAUGUUACUAUAUGAUAGUAAAUGUGUGUGUGUAUGUGUGUGUGUACAUAUUAUGUAUUUAUAGACGAUACAUAUAUUAUACGAACACUGACGCACGUUGUUAUUUACGUGUCAAGCCACUACACAUUGACUGUAUUUUAUUUUUAUUAUUAUUUUAGAUUAUAAUUUUUAUUUUUUCAGUUUUAUAGUCUAUUUCGCAAAAUAGUUAAUGUAAUGUAAUACUAUAGGCGCGUGUAAUGUGUGAACAACACCGUAAUGAAUUUCAACAAAAUAUAUAGUGCAAAACGUCGUCAAUCGAAUCAAUAUUAUAAUAAAUUAUGAUUUAAGUAUGUAUAGAGUCUUAAGAUAUGUAGGUAGUUAGGAUGUAAACUGUUUGCUCAUUUAGUCAAAAAAAUAACGAAAUAAAUAUUAUGGUUUUUAAGCAUAGUGUACGAAUCGUAGUAUUAUUACGAUAAAUAUGUUUUUUUAUAGAAUGUAGGUAAUAUAUCUGUUUGUACUUAUUUAUAGUUAGGCGAAUACCAUAGAUAAACUAUAGUGAAUUAAAUAUCUAAUAGCUAAUAUUAACAUAUUAUUAUAAAUAGAUAUACAUUAUACUAUAUUAUAUAUUAUGAUGUAACAAUAAUUUAACCGUAAAAGUACUACAACGACAUAAGUCUAUUCACGUCGAAAAUAUUUUCACUGUGCAAUAUCAAUAUAAUAUUAUUAUUAUUAUUAUUAUUAUUAUUAUAUUUACAUAUUAUGUAUGUCCUGUGAAACCGGAAAAAUAUUAUAAGGCGUUAAAUAUGUUUUUAUUCCGUGACUAUUUUGUAUAUACACCGAAAGUGGCAUUAAACUGUAUUUCUGAUGCUGUAAACUAUAUGCGUAGGUACGAUGUAAUAAUAUAAUAUAAUAUUAUAGUUAUUAAAAAUCAUUUAUUUAAUA